CAUCAAACUGGUUCUGCUGGCAGUUUUACAUAUGAUAUGCUUGUGGUGGAUGUUUUUGACAUGACAUUGCGCCAUGACCAAAGUAAUUAUUUCAUGGCCUCGGUGAAAACCAGUGAAGAAUACUCUGUAUGUCGACUGUGCUGUGGAUGACACAGCCCACUGAGGGCAGUUUUGAGCCUGCCUACUGCAGUUUUUUAAAAGCUUUGGUCCAAGCUUCAAGUACCUGCACAGAUAGAAGGCCAGAAUACUGCACUUUAAGACAUAACAAAAGAAGAUGAAGGUUUUCGGUAUUCGACUUAAGGUCUGCAUCACCUUCCUUUUAGUAGCUGUAGGGACGUUUAUCUUUUGGGGGUAUUAUGAAGUACAUGUUGAGAGAAAACCUGAUAUAGUAUCGGUACUAGCGACGAAAAAUAAAUUGUUUCGGACAGUACCAUUGAAAUACACCGAGAGUAUCCCGCAGAUUCAGAACAGUACGCUGAAAAUUCUAAACAUUGCUAAACAGAUAAAUGCCAGGGGGUUACCUGUUCUCCUUGCUCUCGUAAACAAUGCUUAUCUGUCGUUCACUUACAGCUGGCUGUGCAACACUAUGUACAUGGGCAUUCAUAGGCAGGUGUUAUUCAUCACAACAGACAGCUACUCUCGGAAGAGGAUAAAGAGAGACUGGCCAGCUGUUAAGGUUGUUGCUGUACUCGAUCUGAAUGACUUGAGUGGAGCGCAGGAAUAUAGCAAAGCGGGUUAUGUGCGGUUGAUGGUAAGGCGGACAGAGUUAAUACUAGCUAUGUUACAAGAACGUGUCAUGAUGCUUCUCUUUGAGGUGGAUUGCCUUUGGUUUGCCAAUCCACUUCCACUGUGCAAGAAAGAGGCAAAGGGGUAUGACAUCGUUGCAUCGGCUAUAUCAGACAGACCGGGCAUGAUUGCAGCUGGUUUUCUGUACAUGCUUCCGACAAAUCGAAUGAUAACGUUCUGGAAAAAGCUCACUGAGCGGUUGCAGAGACUAGGUAAACAAAUUCAGCAUUUUUCCGAAGGUAGAAGCAUCUCAGAGAGCGACAAUGACCAAACCUACUUUAACCGGCUGGUCAAAGAUAAAUAUGCUGGUAUUAAGGUCAAUGUUUUGCCAUUCGAAAUAUUUGCUGACGGCCGUUGGUACAAGCUGUCGGAUCAGGAGAAGGAAGACAUUGACCCAUUAAUCGUCAACAACAAUUGGGUGUCGGGGAAUAAACUGAAAAUCCGAAGGGCCAAGAAGUUUGGACAUUGGUUUUGGAAAGAGAAAAGUGGAAAGUGUGAUAAGACACUGGUAAAUGAUACUGUAUACCAAGUUGAUGAAAAAGAUUUAAAUUUUUAAAUUGAAUAUAUAUGUACAGUCAAACAUGUUCAAAUGGUGGCAAGUAAUCUCUAUUUCCUCACCCACCCCCAACACAUUUGAAAAAUAUUUUUCAGAGUUGAACCUAGCUUAAUUGUUCGUCAUUAAUCAUAUAUUUCAUUGUAAUAAUGAGCACAAAAAAAAGGUACAGCCAAGUUAAUUUUUUUAACAUAUCAUAGUCUUCUAUAUGGAUCCUAUAUUCCAUAAGAAUGGGGUUGUGGUGGAGAAGGGAAUACAGAAGUCAUUAAAAUUAAAUGAAGAAAUGAAGAAAUCAAUCUCAGCCAUGGGAACAUUGACAGGUCAUAGUGUUGAUCUGUCACUCAUCAUAUAUGUUCUGUAGGUUAUGUGUAAUUCCACUGCUAAGUAAUAUCACAACCACUACACCCCAUAAAAGCCAUAAUUCAGCUUGGUAUACCUUUUACUCUCAGGACUUCUAGAAUGUUUAUAAAAUCCACUAGCCAUGGGAUCAGUGAUUUAAAAAAUGUACUAGCCACAAUUAAGAAUUCACUAACCAUACUUUACUUCAAGUUAAUACAGUUUUACUAAUUAAUAGUAAUAAUCGGAUAUGUCACCUAAAAAGCGAAAUAGAGCUUAAAAACACUAACAUUGUGUGGCAGAGAAUAUUCAUAUGUAUAAAAUAU